AUGAUUGUUCGUCGUUUACUUUUGCUUUCGUGUUUUGUUGUCUGUGUACAAUGUAAACAACCAAAUAUUCUGUUCAUAGUCGCUGAUGAUUUGGGAUGGAACGAUGUCAGUUUCCGGAAUCCCAAUAUGAUAACCCCAAACAUAGACAGAUUAGCUAAACAGGGAGUUAUAUUUGACAGUUCUUAUGCUCUUCCCGCGGGCUGCCCGUCACGUUCCGCGUUUCUGUCAGGGAAAUAUCCCUUUAGGACAGGUUUACAGCAUGUAGGUAUCCAGCCGUACCAGAACGUAUGUUUACCAUUAGAGAUUACUACAUUACCUCAACAGUUAAAGAACGCAGGUUACUCAACCCAUGCUGUAGGCAAGUGGCAUCUCGGUUUCUGUAAUUUAAACUGUACACCGACCUAUCGAGGUUUUGACUCGUUUUUAGGAUAUUACAAUGCUAAAGAAGAUCACUAUACUCACGACUCGGGACAAUUCUAUGAUCUACACGAUGACCAAAGACCAGCAUGGGAAUAUCAGGGCAAAUAUUCAACGUUUUUCUUCACAACUCGAGCCCAGGAAAUAAUUUCAGCCCACGAUGUCAAUACACCACUGUUUUUGUAUUUACCAUUUCAAAAUCCACACGGACCUGUUGAGGUACCGUCGAUUUACUCUGAUUUAUAUCCUAAUGUUGUAAAUAAUGGAAGAAAGAUCUUUUCUGGUAUGGUAACCAUAUUAGACGAAGCUAUAGGUAAUAUUACUCAAACUCUGGACGAUAAAGGAAUUCUACAAGAUACCCUGAUACUCUUCACUUCUGAUAAUGGUGCCGAACUAUUAAAUUAUGGUAACAACUAUCCUCUACGGGGAUCAAAACACAGUUUAUGGGAGGGCGGUACCCGAGUAACAGCUUUUAUGUCGGGGUACGGUCUUCAACAGACAGGCAUCACUUAUAAAGGAUUGAUCCAUGCUAUAGAUUGGAUGCCGACAUUAAUUGGGGCUGCAGGCGCAGAACAAGUUCUUGGUAUGGAUGGAAUCAACCAAUGGGACGCCAUCAGAAUGAACAUACCGUCCAAUAGAACGGAGUUUAUCUAUAACCUUGAUGAUUUUGAGAUACCCAGUCAGGGGCAUGCUGGGAUAAGAGUAGGCGAUAUGAAGCUGCUGUUAGGAUAUCCAGGAACGUUUGAUGGUUGGUACACACCAAUGAAUGAUACUACCGAUACACCGGUUUAUGAGAUGGUUUAUAAUCCUUCUCAUCCUGAUAUUCCAGCUAGGCUCUUCAAUAUCACUGCCGAUCCUACAGAACGUAAUGACAUGGCAACAACUAAUCCUGAUAUUGUGAAAGAUCUGACUUCCAGGAUUACUGCUAACAGAAAGCUGAUGGUACCAGCCAAGUAUCCUACGGAUGAUCCUAAAGCUAAAACUAUAGCUGAAGACAAUGGCGGGGUGUUCUCGCCAGGAUGGUGUUAG